AUGUGCUUCUCCAUAAAAACCAAUCCUAAAUAUGCCCGGUUCGUGAACCUCCCGGUUUUCGUCGGAUUACUAAAGAAGGCCGAGGAAGAGUUCGGGUUCGGGUGCAGCGGAGGCCUCGUGUUGCCUUGCGAGGUUGGGUUUUUCAAAGAGAUCUUGAGAUUUCUCGAGAGGGAUGAGAGCAAAUUUGGACGGCUGGGAAUGGAAGAGUUCUUGAAGAUGGUUUCUGAAGUUGGUUUUGAUUCUUGCAAGGAAUUGGCGUCCAAUGCUGCUGCUAAUUCCUCUUGCCAUGCCUUCACUCCUCUGUUGCAGAAAGCAAGGGCCUGA